AUGGAUGGCUGGGAAGCGGGAGGAGCACAAAAAGGUCAAGUCGAAGCUGCCCUGCAGCAACAACCCGCCGUGUCUCGGCGUAAGUUGGACAGAUUCGACCCAAGGCCUCCUCUCCCCGCCUUGAGUUCGUCCCGAACAGAAAUAUUUCUCCAUGAGAAGGGGAAGGGGCUACUCAAGGAUCCUCACCCGAUGAAGAACCCGCGAGAGCUUGCAGACCGUUCAAAAUAUUGCCGCUUCCAUCGGCAACAUGGACACGACACUGAAGAGUGCCGUGAACUGAAAAGGCAAAUUGAGGAGCUCAUCCGCAGAGGGCAUCUCGGCAAAUACCUUCUGCCGGACAAAAAGCUAUCACCUCGCCCGGAGGGCCCCAUCGAGCGACACAUUGAAGUAAUCGCUGGCGGUCCCGCAUCGGGGGGGGGCUCCAUGUUGGGAAGAAAGGCGUACGCCCGAGCCACUCCAGACGUAACCCCUGGACACGGGCCCGAGCACGAGAUCACUUUCCCGACCGGGGUGUCCGAGCGACCCGAACACGAUGACGCCCUUGUGAUAUCGGCUAGGGUAGCCAACGCGCAGGUGAGAAAGAUCAUGGUUGACACUGAGAGCUCGGUCGAUAUACUUUACUUCGAUGCCUUCCAAAAGCUCGGCUUGGCUAGGGAGAAUAUGAGGUCGAUGUGCUCAGCGCUCACCGGGUUCACAAGAGAUUCGAUAUCACCCUUGGGGGCUAUUACUCUGCCCUUGACCUUAGGGACCCCACCGAGGUUGAAGACGGUGAUGACCACUUUUCUGGUGGUCGACCUUCCCACUGCUUACAACGCCAUACUCGGUCGGUCGACCCUCAACAAAGUCAGAGCCGUCGUCUCGAUCUACUACCAAACCAUCAAGUUCCCGACUCACGCUGGGGUCGUGGAAGUUACGGGAAGCCCCCGAGAGUCCAGUCGGUGCUACCUGACCACCGUUUCGUUACACAAGAGGGCCAGGAUCGAGCCACCAUUGGAAGAUCCGCGGGAAACAAAAAAACCGGCCCCUCACCCCGAGCCGAGGGGAUCCACCGUUGAUAUACCACUACAAGAAACUCGGCCAGACCAGACGGUCAAGGUUGGUUCGGAACUACCCGAAAGGGAAAGAGGCCCCUGA